AUGUCUCCCCCCUCUCCUCCCUCUCUCCCCUCACCCAUACUUCUCUCUCUCCUCCUCCUCUUCCCUCUCUCCUACUGCUCGCUUGCCCUCACCCACACUGCUCCCUCUCCUCUUCCCCACACUCCUCUCCCUCCUCACCCACACUGCUCUCUCUCCUCCUCUCCCUCCUCACCCACACUGCUCUCUCUCCUCCUCUCCCUCCUCACCCACACUGCUCUCUCUCCUCCUCUCCCUCCUCACCCACACUGCUCUCUCUCCUCCUCUCCCUCCUCACCCACACUGCUCUCUCUCCUCCUCUCCCUCCUCACCCACACUGCUCUCUCUCCUCCUCUCCCUCCUCACCCACACUGCUCUCUCUCCUCCUCUCCCUCCUCACCCACACUGCUCCUCCUCUCCUCCUCACCCACACUGCUCCCUCUCCUCUUCCCCACACUCCUCUCCCUCCUCACCCACACUGCUCCCUCUCCUCUUCCCCACACUCCUCUCCCUCCUCACCCACACUGCUCCCUCUCCUCUUCCCCACACUCCUCUCCCUCCUCACCCACACUGCUCCCUCUCCUCUUCCCCACACUCCUCUCCCUCCUCACCCACACUGCUCUCUCUCCUCCUCUCCCUCCUCACCCACACUGCUCUCUCUCCUCCUCUCCCUCCUCACCCACACUGCUCCCUCUCCUCUUCCCCACACUCCUCUCCCUCCUCACCCACACUGCUCCCACUGCUCUCUCUCCUCCUCUCCCUCCUCACCCACACUGCUCUCUCUCCUCCUAG